GCAUAUUCUUGCUCAUGACCUUAAAAAUAGUACAAUUAGAAGUAUUUUUGCUCGUUCAUCGGAAACAAUUAGUAGACAAUUCCAUAUUGUUCUACGAGCAAUGAUGAAAAUUGGAAAGUUUUACAUUAAACAAAAUAAUGUAUCCCUCCAUGAAGUAGAUGAUAAAUGGCAAUGGUUCAAGGGAGCUCUUGGGGCACUUGAUGGAACCCUUAUUGAUAUAACUGUACCUGCUAGUGAGCGAGGAAAAUAUCGAGAUAGAAAAGGUAACUUGAGUACAAAUGUUUUGGGAGCUUGUGAUGCUAAUUUAAAAUUUACUUAUGUGCUGCCUGGUUGGGAAGGAUCAGCAUCGGAUUCUCGUGUUUUACGUGAUGCUUUGACCAGGCGCAAUAACUUAAAAGUUCCACAAAAUAUGUAUUAUCUUGUGGAUUUGGGCUACACAAAUGGUCAAGGAUUUUUGGCUCCUUAUAGAGGAACUAGAUAUCAUCUAAAUUUGUGGAGAGGAAACACUCCAACUAAUUACAAGGAGUUGUUUAACCUUCGGCACUCUGCUGCAAGGAAUACAAUUGAACGCAGUUUUGGGUUACUAAAGAAGAGAUGGGCAAUUGUACGCCAUGCUUGCUUUUAUGAUGUGAAGACUCAAAUUAGAAUCAUCAAUGCAUGUUUUAUCCUGCACAACUUUAUACGAGAUGAAAUGGUGGAAGAAGAUUUACUAAGAGAAGUGGAUGAAGAGCUUGAAGAGGCUGCACUUGAAAAUGAGGUUGAGAGAGAUAAUAUAACCUUUGUGGGAGUCACUGAUGAAUGGUCACAAUUUAGAGAUAAUUUAGCUAUGGAAAUGUUUGAAGAAUACCAAGCUCGACGAGCUCUAAGGAAUUAAGAUUUUUUCAUUUAGUCUUUUAAAAUUUUUGAACUUAAGAUGUAAUCAUUCACUAUGUGAUAUGGGACUUAAUUACGUUUUGAAUAUGAAAUAUUAGUUUGUUUUCACUGGUUAAAAUUUAUUUUAGUUAAUGAUGGAUAAUGUUCUUGAUGGUUUUACGUUAACAUUUUCUUGUUUUAGGUACUAAUUUUCAUAGUUAAUUUAUUACAGCAAAAUAGGUGCAUAAAGUUAAUUUUACUGAUUGAUCGAGAAUGCAAAGAGCUGGAAAAUCUCCUUCAAGUAGUUCAGGAGCAAAAAGAAAAUCAAAAAGUCAAGGAGAAGGUGUUUUUAGGACAUACAUGCAAUGGACAAAGGAAAUGGAUAAUAUUUUAGCUAUUUCACUGUAUGACUCUUUAUCUCAAGGCCUCAAAACUGAUAAAGAUUGGAAGCCUCAAGCUUACCAAGCAGCUGUGGAUUAUCUUGCGAAAUCAUUGAGCGUUAAUGUAACCAAGGAGCAAGUCAAGAAUAAAGUAAGACAAUGGCGAAAACAUUUCUCUAUUAUUAGUGAAAUCAGAAGCCAUCAAAGUGGGUUUCCAUGGGAUGAAGAAAAGAAGAUGAUUGUUAUAACAGCAAAUAAUAUGUCAGCAUGGAAAGAUUAUGUUCGGGAGAAUGGAAAGGCAAAUGUAUAUGCAAAUAGACCUAUAGAAAGGUGGGAUGAUAUUGUUAUGUUGUGUGGGACAGAUAGAGCAACCGGUGAAGGUGCUGAAACAUUUGAAGAUGCUGAUGAAGCAAUGGUGGGAGAGGAUGAAAAUGAUUUCCCAAACACAACCUUAAUAAAUUCCUGAAGUGUCA